AUGAGAGAACAUCCGUUCAGCAGUGAAAGACAACAACCAUUCAGCAGUGAAAGACAACAACCCUUCAGCAGUGAAAGACAACAACCAUUCAGCAGUGAAAGACAACAACCAUUCAGCAGUGAAAGACAACAACCAUUCAGCAGUGAAAGACAACAACCAUUCAGCAGUGAAAGACAACAACCAUUCAGCAGUGAAAGACAACAACCAUUCAGCAGUGAAAGACAACAACCAUUCAGCAGUGAAAGACAACAACCCUUCAGCAGUGAAAGACAACAACCCUUCAGCAGUGAAAGACAACAACCCUUCAGCAGUGAAAGACAACAACCGUUCAGCAGUGAAAGACAACAACCGUGUAUAAUUAAUAAAACAUUUAGGCAAACAAAAUUUUUUAACAUUUUCAACAAGGCAUCGUGA